AUGGUCAAGCAAUUGAACACCGCAUGUUUGGUCAUUAUUGUUGUUUUUGAAGUUGUUGGCUCAAUAUUCUGCUUUGGCCGUCUAGGCUCAAGGUUAGUAUCAAAACCACCAUGGAAGGGACUGAUGAUGUGGAGUGAUAUAUGUAUGGGUAUAGCUUGGGUUCUAUCGGUUGUGGAAAGUGUCGCUAUAUACGGACUAACAUCGUACGCAAAAUAUGGCUAUAAAUUAUCAGAUCUUGCCCAAUUUAAUAUCGACAUACCUACCGAGAUGAAAUGGUCAAUGUUUGAUUCCCUUUGCUAUAAUCCGAUCUUCGGUUUCGUCAAAGCCUCCAUGAUUCUGCUGUUUCUUCGACUUGGGGGAAUAAGACAAACAGUUCGAUAUGCUGCGUAUGCACUCUUAUGCAUCAAUUUCGCCCUUAUGAUCGCCAUAUUUUUUGUCGAUAUGUUUCAAUGUGUACCGUUCUCAUAUAACUUCUACUCGACAAAGAUGGACCUGGCGGCUCAAAUUAAAGCAAAUGCCACAGAUCCGGGAAUCGGACCUUAUGGGCCUGUGGCAUCUGGGUUCAAAGAUGGGAAAUAUAUAUCGGGCGGGAUAUGUAUCAAUGGUGUCAAUUUUAUAUUGUCAACUGCUGGUUUGACUAUUUUGACAGACUUAUUGAUUCUGUGCAUUCCAAUUUAUAUGUUAAAGGAUCUCAAAAUGAAUCCACGAAAAAAGACUGCAGCAAUCACCAUUUUGUGCAUGGGCUUGGGUGUUACUGCUAUCGGAAUUUGUCGUCUUGUUUUUACUUACCGUACAUUCUACCCCGAUGUCCCUGACCCGGGAUUAAAUGUCAACAGCACCAUAUCUCAAAUAGAGACUGGUCUUGCAUUGGUUAUAGGCUGCAUCCCGGAUCUUCUGCCUCUUUUUCGCCUACUAAUACCUGGCUUCUUCAAUUUUGCGACCAGACAAUCAACUCAUCCAGCUCGGUAUCCUUACCCCUCAACUUUCGGUUCCAGAAGGAAGCCGGAAGGCCGAAGCGACAUUCUCAACAACGCCAUGUAUGAAGAACAUGGACUAGACGUUUUGAAGUUACGUCCUAACAAUGGGUUGAUACAACGCGAGACGCAAGUCAGAGGUGCUGCAAGUACCGAUAGCUUGACUGGUAGCCAAAUAGAGAUGUUCGACAAAACUAUGGACGACAAGAUGGAUUCAAAGACAAUUAUAAAGACAACACAUUUCUCGAUGAAAGAAUCGGACCUAAGUGAUCCAAGGAACACUUGGAGUAAUGUCUGA